UCUUGUGGAAGAAUUUCGUCGUGGCAUGGAGGCAAAGUUGAAAGAAAAUGGAUGGUUUCUUUCCUCCGAAGGGAUUGCAGAAUGUGAAAGGGUUUGCAACAAAGAGAAGCCAUCUUACCAGGAGCUCUCAAAGGCAGCCCUUAAUCUGGACUUGAAACAAUAUGGCAUGAAACAUCUUCCUGAUGACAUCAACCGUGGAAAGGUGGAAUCAGUCAAUGGGCCUAUGGUCCUGCAAGUGCAAAAACUACGAAAUGUUUCUGCUCCAAAAGCUAACGAAGACUCAAACCAUUCACCAAGAUUAUUGAAGGUUCAGCUGACAGAUGGCCAUUUGACUUGUAAUGGAUUAGAAAUGGCAUCCAUUCCUAACCUCAGCUUAUCAAUUCCUCCUGGAACCAAGGUUUACUUAACAGGCUCCAUUACUGUUCAGGAGAGCUUUCUGAUGCUGGAUGCUAACAACACAAGGGUCUUAGGGGGAGAGGUGGAGAAACUGAAGGAAAAGUGGGAGCUAAAUAAGACCUUAGCUAAGCAUUCUCGCAUGACUGUGAGUGGAGAUGGGCCUCCUCCAUUUGUUCCUUUCAGUCAAGGAACCCAACCAGGGAUUGAGAACAGAGGAAGAUCAGCAGAGAACACCAAAGUAAAUGGUGUGGUACAAAAUAGCACAGAGAAAUCAAGAGGUAUACAGAGCAAGGAUGGUUCUGGUCCACCCCCAAGAUCCAGAACAACAGAACAUGGACAACAUAACAAGCCUGUCAAUCAAGAACAAAGGGAAGGUACAGCAAAAAAAUUUUCACACAACUCCCGCGAUGAACGAGCAGAGAACAAAAGGCCAAAUACUGAUAAAGCAAAUGAAAAACUCGCAUCCGAAGGUAAAACAAGUUUAAGUAAUCCCAAAGACAAAGAGACAAGAUCUUUUAAUUCAGAACCACACAAUAAUGAAAGAGCCAGGGAAGGAAAUCAAGGAAAUGAUGACAGACAAAACAAUAGAGCAGAUCGCAAUGAGAGGAUGGACAGACCAGUUGCAAGAGGGCAGCCUCUGAGACCACAGGAUACUAACAGAGGAGGUACAAGACCACGAGGCCGUGGAGGAAAACGAGAGCCAGCAGGCAGGGGAAGGCAGGAAAGUGAAGGGACUGAUGAUGUAGAAGACUACAGAGCAAGACAACCCUCUGAGCCAGCAUUGUGGGACUUUCUCUCAACAAAAUUUCCAACUGUUAAAGAUUCUAAGAAUCAAAGGCCACAAAAAUAUAAUGAAAGCCAGAAAACAAAUGAAGUUCACCACGAAAGACCUCCGCCAAGACCUCCACCCAAACAAGAAAAUGAUACAGAAAAGCCUAAGCAACAGAACCAAGAUACAAAAGCUGAGAAAGGGGAGAAUGUUCCCCCUACAAGCAAAGAGCAAACUGAUGUACAACAUGAAUAUACAACCCCUAGAGAGAUUGAGAAAUCAAAGCAAGAAUCUUCACCCCAGAGCAGAGAUGGAAGACAACAGUCCAGGCAGCAACGCGAACCUCACUACAAGCAACAGCAGAAUCCUGGGCAGGUUAAAGGAAGAGGUUCUAGAAGGCAUGAUCAUGAUUCUAGGCCAUACAACCAAAGCUUACCACCACGACUGCAAAAGAAACAACAGCAACAACAACAGCAACGGCAACAGCAACAACAACAGCAGCAUCAUCAUCAUCAACAUUAUCAGCAACAUGGUCACAAACAUGAGACAGAGGUGAAUAGUGAUGGUGUUGAAGCUGAGUAUACAGCUGCAGGGAGCCCACCUUCUGUUGCACAGGAAGAUGAUGCAAUUGUGAGGUUUAGUGCAUCAACUAUUAACCCUGAAUUUGUAGAGGACCCUCCAAGUCACCAUCAACAAACAGUUCAGUUUCGUGACCAGCAGGGUGGUUCAUACACUGGUCAGCCAUAUACUGGACAAGGCAAAUGGCAAAAAAACUAUCGCCAAGGAUCAGACCAGUUUAGACCGGCAAAUUUUACCCCUCCAAAUGUACAACAACAACAACAGCAGCACAUUGAGUUUGUCACUAUGGCAUUGGAGUCGCAGCGGGUGCAGGCUCAGUUUGUUGUCAAUCAACCUCAACAGUUUGUGGAGCAGGGUGGAAGGGAACAGGCUGAGAUUGGUGUACCACAGGAAUACCAGUAUACACAGCAGGCCCAACCCCCAGUCCAGGCAUAUCCUGUGUACCAGGUGCGACCAGCUCAGAUGACUCAUCAGCCAAUGGCACCUCAGCCAGCCAUGCCACAGCAGCCAGUAGCUACACAAAUGCCAGUGCAACAGGUGGGCUGGAAAAAGGGUGACCAUUGCUUGGCUCUUUGGAGAGAUGGACAGUAUUACAGUGCCAAGAUGGAGGAACUGAUGGGUGAUGGUGUCAAUUGUAUGGUCUCCUUCUUGGAUUUCAACAAUAUUUGUGAUUAUGUGCCUCUCUCAUCUUUAAGGCCUUUUCCAAUAAUUGCCUGGGGAGAGAAUAGUAAUACACAGCCUCCACCUGCAGGUGCUGUUGCCACAGUGCCAUAUUACACACAGGGGGCACCAGUUGGCAUAGUGACCAGACCCCAGGUAAUGAUCCCUGUGUCUGGACAGCCUCCUUUCCAUGCUGGUACUCGACCUACCAUUGUUCAUUCUACCCAAGUCCCUGCUCAGGUACAGUGGCAGCCAGCUCAGGUUCAGUACCAAGAGGUCAGACAAGCAGCUUUCCAGCCAGUCAUGCAUUAUGGGGCUGUGCCGCAGUCAACUACAGGGAGCCCUGCUCCAGCAGCUUAUGGUGUACCCACAGCAACUGGGGUACAUUUUGUCAGGGGUGUGAAGGAUGCCCAAGGUCAAGAUGUGUACAGCAACACUCCAGAGGCAGGCAGAGGAAGAUCAAGUCCAAACUCAGGUGGUUAUUCCAAAUCAAGACGACCAAACAGAGCUACACAAAAUUACUAUGUACCACCCAGACAACAGAAGUUCAAGGAUAAAGGGUAGUCAGAGAUUGAAAUGUUAAAAGAAAUUACUUUCAGCACUGUCUGUUUGAAGUAGAUAAUGUCAUCCAGUGGAUACAUUUCCACUUAGUGAAUAGCUUAUCUUUACUGACUGGGAAUGUAUUCCUUGAAUAACAUUUUCCACUGUUCAAACAACUGGGCAUGUAAAAAUAAUCUCUAAUAUGAAAAUUUAAUUAAUAUGUAGUAAAAUAUAACAACUUUUUUUUCGACAUGGAAGAUGUGGUUAAUGUAGUUGAUGUGCAUACCAUGUGUAUUUUAAGGAAUAGUCUUUGUUUUAAACAGCUAUGUGAAAAUUUAUCUGGUAGGAAGGGGGUAAUUAUGAGGCACUUUAGAGCAUGAUUCUCUUCUCAGCCAUUAAAAUUAGAAAAUCUUAUUAGCAAAAGGGGUGAAGCAAGAUGUAGAUUUUAUUUUAACCUGUGCUUUUGGCAGUAGUGAGAUUUUGUUAAUUACAUAAAACUACCUCUGUGCUAAAAGUGCUUAAAAAUAUUAACUUUAUAUUGCAGUGAAUUGAUUAUUAGAAGAAUUGAUAGAAGUAGGCAAACCAUCUAGUGAAUUUUGAAAUGUGAUUUUGAGCCAUAGCCCUUUUCUUUAACUAUGGCCUUAAUCCUUGUGUUGAAAUGCCACCCAAAAAUUGGGUCCUUUACUUAGGCUAACUGGUAAAAUUUCCCCAAAAAAAGGGGUUUAUUUAGGAGUUUAAAUUUUUUUUCUGUUGUUCAAUCUGCUCCAUUUGGCUUUUCACCUUUAUUAAUCAAUUCCUUACAGAACUGCUGUUCAGUUGUGUAAGAGGACUUCUUUAACCCUUGAACUCCCAAGAUCUGAUUGUUAAUUCUCCCCUCCAGCAGCUGCACAUUUCUUUUUAAAUUAUUUAGAAGAAUUUAGUGCCAGAUCAAGACAACUUCUACCUUAUAACUUUGAAUAUUCUCAUUACCUGUUUGCUGGAUACUGUAUGGAUAUUAAAGGGAGAAUUUACAUGUUAACAGCUUCUGGGAGUUAAAGGGUUAAAAAAAAGCAAGUAAAAAAGGCAAGAUCUUUGUUUCUCAUGAAGUUUACAUGUAAGUAACCUAGUAUUCCAGGCUUGGGAAGAGAUAUAUCAAAUGAAGGCUUUUUGCUGUGACAUGGGGCUAAAUUAAGAGAAAAACUAACAUUUUUUAUGAGAUGACAAGAGAAUGUUUUGGAUGGCCAAGUAAUGGAUUGAUUUCCUAGCUUGCCAACAAGAAAGAAAUACCUAUUUAUGGGGUUUAACAAAAGUACAUUAUUUUUUAUUUCAAAAAUUCUAUACUUGAGUUACUGCAAAAUUGAUAAUCAAACUAGUGAACUUUGCAAUUUCACACAAGUGAAGUCUGUGUUUUUCAUUAUGGCCUAUCAAUUUUCAGGGAAAAAAAUGGGAGGGAAAAAUUAUUUUGAAAUGUAUAUUACUAUGAUUGGAAAUUUUAUUUGGAAGAUGACUUGGGAUGAAGCAAGGUCAGCAUUGGUGGAAACUUGCUCAGAUGUACUGUUGUGUUGGUAAUGUUCUUAAUUCUUGACUAUUCUCCCUAACAAAGUUAACAAUUUGACUUUUGUGGUUUACCAAAUCAUCAGCUAACUGUGCUUGUGCAUAUUGCUUGAGCAAUAAACUUUCAGUAUUGUACAAACCAGCCUUAUAUCCUGAGCAUAGCAAUGUUACUUUUUUAUUAUCAUGGCAGGUAGUUUCUAGUUCUAUCGAAUGUGAUGUGUUGAAUGUGGUAAAUUUUGGGUUUAUUAGGUGUAUGCCUGAACCUUAAUAAUCUGAUCACCAAAAUGUUGACUGAUGUUGUUACUGGAAACGUUUGGUUGAGAGGUGUAGAUAGUCUGUAGUAAUGAAUCUUUUUGAGAGAGCAAGUUGGUGUUGUAAGCUUGCAGUUAAUGGAGCUGCCAUCUUGGUGGAGAAAAUGGCAUUGCAAAUAUUGCACCUGUUUAAGGGCCUUGGUCAGUGGAGAUGAGCAAUAGAUGGGUUGAGCUAAAAAUUAGUUUUUUUCAGGCAAAUGACUUUUUCAUCUAACUGGGAUAAAAAGCUUGCAUAAAGUUUGGAGAGCAUUUAAGAGAGGCAAGAGUUACUGGAGGUGCAACUAAGUGCAACUUAGCCUUCUUGCAUGCUCUCCAAACCUAGCAAGUGCUUCAUAUUUUUAUCAAUGCACAACUGAUACAGGAACCAAUAGUUUUGUAACAAUUUCCACAUGGUGUGUUAAAUGUUUGGUGAACAGAAGUUCUCUCUGUGUAGCAUAUUAUUUGUAGUCAUAAUAGUCCAUUGUGGAAAUAUGAAGCAAGUUUGUGCAAUUGAAUUUUAUAACACAAAUUUACUAGCUGUAUUAUAAUUUUGUUCCCUCAUCCAUCCCUCUUUUCCUAUGCAGGACAUUUUGCUCAUUUCCAGUGACCAAGAGAGUGUCACAGGGUACCUGAAAUUUUGCAAAGAAAUUGCAAGAGUUUGUGUGCUAAGAAUGUUUUUGUACUGCAGGCUAAAAUCCCCUCUUGAAAUUUGGUUGUGGAAAGAGGCUUUUUUCUAUUAUAGUACUAAUAAGAAAAAUUAGCUUUUCCUAGUCUUAAAAUUAUGUCCAGUUAUUUCACUUAUCACCUUGUGGUUUACUGUAGUCCCAAAUUUAUCAAUUAACAUAAUUUUUGAGUUUUAAUUUUUCUAAAUAACAUAUUGUAACUAAAUUUGCUUCUGUGUUGUCUCAAGGCUGCUGGGUCUUGGUGUUACACAAUUCAUUUUCUAGUAUUUAUAUUUAUUGAUGGAGAAAUGGUAGGACAUUUCUCUAUUUGUUGCAUAUUAUAAAAUAAUGUGAUUGAAAAACUCAAUGAAAUUGGUCACCAUCUUAGACACUGUUAGUAAUGGAGUAACAAAGGUUAUCAAGAAUUUACAAUGUACUGUAAAAUGUGAACUGCAAUUAGUAGAUAUUGUUCUGAUCAAAUCUUAAAAUCUGUGAUAUUUUUACUGUUGUGCGCAUUUUAUUAAACUAUAAACUAAUGAAGGAAAAUCUAUUUGUGAUUUUGAAGUUACUAGGUAAAUACUUUUUUUUUUUUUCUGUACUUGCCAUUUGUAAGCCACUAAACAGUGAUUUUUCUUUUACUUGUAAAUUUCUUAACAAUAGAAGCCAAUGGCUUGAAUAUUUGCUCAAGGUAUGUAGGUGCCUGUAGUAGGUAUGUUUUUAUCAUUUGCGCCAACUUAUGUUCUAUUCAUGCUUCUUAACUAACUUUAUUUCAGUUAUGUUGCUACUUGGCAAUAAAAUUGAAUAAAGACAAAAACAAGAAAAGU